GAUGCCGGCGAAGAGCGCGAGCUGGAACGUUUCCAAGCUAUUGUGUACUACGUGCGCACACAUUAUUACUGUACAUCUGUGCGUACAACCGACGAUCGCAGAGACCAGGUGCUUCUGGCACCGGAUCCGAGCGAGAGUGAGACAUCGGCUCGCCUGGUCGCCCCGGGGGGGUAGUAUGUUGGUAGUAGGAAUGCGACGAUGCACCUACCUACUUCUCGAGUCGAUAUCGAAGUCUACAAUUAGGAUAACACGAACCCCGCCUGAGAAAGCUACCUGGAUGCAGGCAGGUAGCCUUCCGAGGCGACAGGUGACCAUUCGCGCCUUCAUACAGCAUGCAUCCCAGGUACAUACUGGGAGCCCUCUUGCGUGAUAUCAACUGCAACUCAAUUCAAUGAGGGUUGCAACGAUAUGUUACCUGUGCACUGGGCGCAACGGCAUCAGAGAAUACUUCCGCUUACUCAGUGCGUCGCGCCAAGACGUUGUCACCUGCUUAGAUUGUUCAAGCAGGACGUGGUCGAUUUUCGCAGCCUCUGUCUGUCCUAUUCUGCUUAGGUUGAAAAGAGAGAGCGAGCGAGCGGGUAACCGGGGACAAUAUAUGUGUGUGCGCAUAGAUGAGUACUAGGUAACAUCUUGCUGCUUCUUGGGCAAAUGCGUGCCAAGACGCCAAUAAAAAAAUACAGGUGUGGCUUCUUAUCACGGAGAAUAAAUAAAUAAAAGGGCCUGGUAAUCUUAAGCGCAAUGCGGACCGAGUCUCGUGCCGACAUCACGAGGGCCUCACAUGAAGCGAGGCUCCCAUCUCAUAAAAGCUGGGUCUCCGAUAGGCUCCCAUGUGCGCCGUGCCUUAUCAGAUCUUUCCGUCCCCGUCCGGACCGUAAAAAAAAAAGAAGACAAAAGGGAAGAAGGGCAGAAAGAGAAGAGAGGGGAAAUGAGGGGGAUCUAGAGAUGUUAGCCCCAGGUUGCGUGGUUCCACCGGCGCUCAGCUCCUCCUUUGCCCUCGACGAUUGGCCGAUCGGCGGACAUGCGCUCUGUCGGAGUCUGAGUGGGCGCGGCAGGGCUGCGGUGGUAUUGCAUAGCGCGAAGAUAUCUUGCUUUGGGCCGGCGCUGCUACCUUGCUCGCUAACGCAUCGCGACGACUUGCUAUCUUCCCCGCUCUGCCUAUUCGAGUCGCCCACAGCGAGACUCAGAUGACCGAAGCAUGGCAUCAUGCCAUGACCGCCGAUGGCGUGUUUACUCAGGCCCCAUUAUAUAUGACCUGCCUAUCUAAAGGCAGGUAUAGUAUACCUGUCAACGAUGGCUGCGCGUCUCCUCCGGUUGUGUUGCCGGUACGUGAGAGGCGACACGGAUGCCUGAAGCUGUCUAGGAUGUCCAAUGUCGCUCCCUCCCCCCCGACGACGACGACGACGACAGCUAGCCCUGCUGCUCUUUGGCUUGAAAGAGACGCUGCGCUAGAGUGUCCAUUAGAGUGUUUACGUAUACGCGUCAAUCGAUACCUGGAUACGGGUGCGUAAGUGCAGCCCUAAGUCCCGAAACGGAUUGGGCCGGGAUCGCGGAAAGGUGACGAUGGUGGCAAUGACGUUAUGUUGGUCUCUGAGCUUGUCGGGUUAUGGGCUAGGCUAGCUGGGCAGGUCUACCAGACCCCAUUCGUAUGCCCCUACGUAAUUUGUGUGGCUGAUUAGGCGCCUAAAGGACAACUCUAGCAUCUAAGAAUUACCUAGUAUAGG